AUGGCUAGAACCACACUAGCCCUUCUGUCCUUGCUCGCCUUCACUGGUGCGUACGCGACGCCCCAUGUCCAGCGUACUAUGCGCGUGCAUGAAAGGCGUGAGGAACCUCCCAGUGGGUUCGUGCAGCGCGGUGCUGCACCAAAGAACGCAGUGCUCACGUUGCGUGUCGCGCUGACACAAAACGAUUUUUCGGGGCUCGAAAAGGCGCUAUAUGAUGUGAGUACUCCUGGAAGUGCGCAGUAUGGACAGCAUCUAUCAAAGGAGGAGGUUGAAGCGUUCGUGGCGCCUUCCGAAGAAACGAGUGCUGCGGUUCAGUCGUGGCUAUCAGCAAACAGCCUUACAGCAACGCCUAUCUCUCCGGCUGGCGAUUGGCUUACGGUCAAUAUAACUGUUGAACAGGCCAACACACUUCUCGACGCUGAUUUCACGACCUUUACAAACGAGGCAACGGGGAAGGAUACCAUCCGCACCCUGUCAUACUCUGUUCCUGCAUCGUUGAAGGAAGCCAUCAGCUUCAUACAUCCUACAAUCGCCUUCCCCAUCAAAUCAGUAGGUUCCCCUAUCAAAAAGGGUGUCGUGAACGUAGUUAAGGCCAAGUCAUCUGCAAAUCUGACCACCAGCGCUGUUCCGGCUUCUUGCGCGAGUGAGGUCACGCCGUCGUGCUUGCAGGCGCUUUACGGCAUCCCGACGGCCAAGGCAACGCAAUCGUCCAAUAAACUGACUGUUUCCGGCUUCAUUGAGCAAUAUGCAAACCAGGCUGAUUUGGCGAGCUUCCUGCAGGAGUUCAGGUCUGACCUCACGGGAACCACGUUCACGCUUCAAACACUUGAUGGCGGAGUGAACCCACAGUCUGUGGCAGAUGCCGGUAUCGAAGCGGAUCUCGAUAUUGAAUACACUGUUGGCAUCGCCUCCGGCGUCCCAAUCUCAUUCCUCUCGAUCGGCGAAGACAAUCAGGACGACAUCGAUGGGUUUCUCGAUGAAGUCAACUUCCUUCUCAGCGAAUCUGUCAUUCCGAACGCCCUGACGACUUCCUACUCAUUCAAUGAACCAGACCUUCCUGACAGCGUCGCCACGAGCUUGUGCAAUGCCUAUGCUCAGCUCGGCGCGCGCGGCACGUCGAUCUUCUUUUCAUCUGGUGAUGGUGGUGUGUCUGGUGGACAGUCGCAAGACUGCACGACUUUCGUGCCGACGUUCCCUUCUACAUGCCCCUUCAUUACCUCUGUCGGAGGUACUACAGGCGUCAACCCGGAAACUGCGGCAUCUCUCUCUUCCGGCGGCUUUUCCAACAUUUUCAGCAGGCCCUCGUAUCAGACAUCAGCUGUCUCUUCCUACCUGACUGCGCUCGGUUCCACCAACUCCGGCUUGUACAAUACUACUGGCCGCGCAUUCCCCGACAUGGCAGCGUUGGCGACUGACUACGUCAUUGCGUGGCAGGGUGAUUUCUGGCUCGUCGAUGGGACAAGCUGCUCGACCCCACUCUUUGCCAGUCUUGUGUCCUUACUCAACGACGAGUUGGUAGCGGCCGGAAAGAGCCCCCUUGGAUUCCUGAACCCGUUGAUCUACUCGUCGUCAGGCGCGUUCACGGACAUCACAUCUGGUGACAACCCUGGAUGCAAUACGAAUGGUUUCUCUGCGACCGCAGGUUGGGAUCCUGUGACUGGCGUUGGCUCCCCGAUCUUCUCUGGGUUGAGAACUGCUGCUGGAUUGUGA